GUGCGAUACGGUAGCUUGUCCGGGCGACGAGGUCGCUUGCCAUCGAAAACGAAAGUACAGCAUUCCGAUGAUCCUCCCAGCCCGCCACUUCCUCUGUUGACGCUUAUCAACAAGGCCUAUGUCGAAUCUAAAACAACUGCCUCACCAACACCGAACGUUGGUUCUUUUUUUGUUGAAAAUUCGAGCAUGAUUUUUCAAAUAUGGUACCUCUUUUGUUUGUCGAAAAAACGAACAUAA